AUGUCGACUGCUCAAGCUUCGCACCACAGCGGUGCCUACAACUAUUUCCUGAAUAUGAUGACUUAUCAGAUUUGCUGUUGCUGUGGCCCAGCACCCUGUUCACUGUGCUGCUCCUUCUGUCCGCCCAUCAAAUCAUCCUCCAGCACACGGGUCAUGUACACUUUAUUCCACAUUCUGGCCUGUACUGUCUCGUGUCUCAUGCUGUCUAAGACUGUGUCAGAGGCAGUGAGAGAAAAUGUGCCUUUCUUUAAUGUGGUUUGUGAUGAGGCUCAUGGAGGAGGGGACUGUCAGAUGUUGGUGGGGUACUCUGCUGUCUACAGAGUGUGCUUUGGCACAGCUUGUUUCUACUUGAUGAUGGCCAUCUUUCUGAUCGAUGUUAAAUCCAGUCAAGAUUUUAGAGCCCUCAUCCACAACGGGUUCUGGUUUCUGAAGUUCAUCACCCUGCUUGGAAUGAUUGCUGCUGCCUUCUUUAUUCCCACAGAAUCCUUUUUGCAUGCCUGGCAUUAUGUUGGAGUGGUGGGAGGCUUUGCUUUCAUUCUCAUUCAGCUCAUUCUCAUCACUGCUUUCGCACACACCUGGAAUAAAAACUGGUUAACCGGUGCAGCUGAGAAUAAGAGGUGGUAUGUGGCAGUCAUGUGUGCUACGCUCUUUUUCUACACAAUCGCAACAAUGGCCUUCACUUUCAUGUACAAAUUUUACACUCACCCAGCUGGAUGCCACCUCAAUAAAGGCCUGCUAUGGACAAACUUGGCCCUCUGCACUAUCAUGUCUUUCAUUGCAGUUACACCCUGCGUUCAGCAAAAGCAGCCCCGCUCAGGACUUCUGCAAGCAUCCAUCAUUUGCUGUUAUGUCAUGUACCUGACAUUCUCCGCCCUGUCCAGCCGCCCACCUGAGAAAGUGGAGUAUCAGGGGGUCAAUAUUACAGUGUGCUACCCCAAAGUCAGCCGGGAUGAAAUUCAAAAUGAAGGCAAUGCUGUGGCCAUUAUUGGUGCUGCAAUCAUGUAUUGCUGCGUUCUCUUUGCAUGUAAUGAGGCUUCAUAUUUAGCGGAGGUCUUUGGACCUUUCUGGAUGAUAAAGGUUUACCGCUAUGAGUUCCAGAAAGCCAGCUGUUGGUUCUGCUGCCCAGAGGAAGAAGACGAGGAGGAGUUUGUCAUCGAUGAGAACAAAGGGUGUCAGAAGGUCAUCCACAAUGAGACCCAGCGUGUUGCCUACAGCUACUUCUUCUUUCAUUUUGUCUUCUUUCUGGCCUCCCUCUACGUAAUGAUGACCCUCACUAAUUGGUUUAGUUACGAGACUGCUGUCCUGGAGACCACCUUCACCCAUGGGAGUUACUCCACGUUCUGGGUCAAGCUGUCCUCUUGCUGGGCAUGUGUGGUUCUUUAUCUGUGGCUUCUGCUGGGUCCCCUGUGCCACUGCCAGUCCGAUCAUAAACGUCCUCGCCGUGCCCGCAUCAAGAGACGGACCAACACCCAACGCCACGUUAGUGUUAGCGUGUGAAUCGUACUAACUGGACAAUUGAAGAGUCAAAGACAGUGGUAAUGGAUGUAGGUUACUGGGAUUUUCACCUGGAGGGAAUGGGUCACUCUGAAGACUAUUAAUCCUAUUAGGAUUAAAUCGAUCAGCACAGCAAAUGCAAUUCAACAUGGAGGACGUUAACCAUGUUUUUGACUGUAUGAGCAUACCUUUGGGGAUGUUCUUAAAUUGCCAAAAGGAAAAGUUCAAUGUAAUUUACUAGGACUGUAGGAGCGUUUUACUAUCUGAAAUAGACAAUUUUGUAGAUUAUGUGAGCAAUGCUUUAUUUCAGUGAUCUGUGGUUUAUAUACAGUAUCUAACGGAAGUGAGUACACCCCAUUUUAUUAUAUCUUAUGUGACAACACUGAAGAAAUGAAACUUUGAUACAAUUUAAUGUAGUGAGAGUACAGCGUGUAUAACAGUAUACAUUUUCUGUCCCCUCAAAAUAACAGCCAUAAAUGUCUAAACCGCUGGCAACAAAGUGAAAAUGUCCAAAUUGGGCCCAAAGUGUCAAUAUUUUGUGUAGCGACCAUUAUUUUCCAACACUGUCUUAACCUUCUUAGGCAUGGAGUUCACCAGAGCGAAUCAAGUAAGGGUAUUGUUGGUAGUGGAAACGCAAGCCUGAUAAGGGUUUCCCAAACCGAAUCGUACUGUACUGAACUGCACUGAACCGUACCGCUCAGUGGAAAUGGCAUUAAAGACCUUGCGCUCCUCCACCUUCUGUUUGAGGAUGCCCCAUAGAGGCUCAAUAGGGUUUAGGGCUGGAGACAUGCUUGGCCAGUCCAUCACCUUCACCCUCAGCUUCUUUUGGGGUCGUUAUCAUGUUAGAAUUCUUCCCUGCGGACCAUUCUCCGACUGGAGAGGAUCAUGCUCUGCUUCAGUAUGCCUCAAUGAACUGUAGCUCCCCAGUGCAGGCAGAACUCAUGAACCCCCACAUCAUGACACUCCCACCACCAUGCUUGACUGUAGGCAAGACACACUUGUCUUUGCACUCCUCACCUGGUUGCUGCCACACGCUUGAGACCAUAUGAACCAAAUAAGUUUAUCUUGGUCUCAUCAGACCACAAGAAAUGGUUCCAGUAAUCGAUGUCCUUAGUCUGCUUCUCUUCAGCAAACUGUUUGCAGGUUUUCUUGUGCAUCAUCUUUAGAAGAGGCUUCCUUUUGGGACGACAGCCAUGCAGACCGAUUUUAAGCAGUGUGCGGCGUAUGGUCUGAGCACUGACAGGCUGACCCCCCACCCCUUCAACCUCUGCAGCAAUGCUAGCAGCACUCAUUUGUCUAUUUCUCAAAGACAAUCUCUGGAUAUGACGCUGAGCAUGUGCACUCAACUUCUUUGGUCGACCAUGGCGAGGCCUGUUCUGAGUGGAACCUGUCCUAUUAAACCGGUGUAUGGUCUUGGCCAACGUGCUGCAGCUCAGUUUCAGGGUCUUGGCAAUCUUCUUAUAGCCUAGACCAUCUUUAUAUAGAGCAACAAUUCUUUUAUUUCAGCUCCUCAGAGAGUUCUUUGCCAUGAGGUGCCAUGUUGAACUUCCAGUGACCAGUAUGAGAGUGAGAGCGAUAACACCAAAUUUAACACACCUGCUCCCCAUUCACACCUGAGACCUUGUAACACUAAAGAAGCACAUGACACCGGGGAUGGAAAAUGGCUAAUUGGGUAUUUUCACUUAGCGCUCUACUCACUUUUUUUGCAAGCGGUUUAGACAUUAAU